UGUCGUGACGUCACUCCCGGAGCGGGAGCGGGACCGGGCUCUGCUCCCGGCGGGAACCGCACCGGGAACCGCACCGGGAGCGGGGCAGGGAGCGCUUCCCGCCGCUCCGCCCGCCCUGGGAUGAUCCUGUGGCAGCGGGAUGGACAGCAGCACCUUGCCAGCAGUGGCAGAAGAGCUCUUGAGAGAGAUCAAAAAGGCUUUUCAGGAGACCUCGCAGGUGCCUGAUGAGCUGCUGCUGGGGCUGAAGUUCAUUUUUGGCCCGUCUGCAGUCCCAGCUCUGGAUUUGGUGGAUCAGCGUUCUGUCACCCGGGUCAGGGCCCCCAGUGGAAGGAUUCUCUACCAGGUCCUUGGAAACUCAGGCAAACUCUACACCUGCUACAGCUCCUGCCACUACUGCACGUGCCCUGCCUUUGAGUUUUCUGUGCUGCAGAAGAGUGAGAGCCUGCUGUGCAAACACAUCCUGGCUGUCUACCUGAGCCAGGCCACGGGGGCCUGCCAGGAACUGGCUGUGUCUGACGAGCAGCUCACAAACAUCCUCCUGGCCGAGGAAGAGGAUGAGGGAUGAAGGAUUUGGAUCACUCCUGGCUGGCAUUUUUAGUAUCUACAAGGCUGUCAAAUGCUCACUGUGGCUGGUAGAUUUCUUCUGUGCUGCAGCCAAGUGUGACAUUAAUUAGCAGCCUGGCACUAAUAAAUUAAUUAAAUAGGCC